AUGGACGCAAAUACAGCCUAUUUGACCCAAAACACACCAGAAAACGUCCACACUGUAGAGCAUCCUUUAUCUGGCGGCAAAACUUUAGAGGAAAUCUUAAGCAAUAUUGAGAUGACCAUAAUCGAAGAAAAGGAAGAGCAUUUAAUCAUUGACCUUGUAGGCAUUGAAGCUCCUAUUGCGAAUGCCUUAAGAAGAAUUAUGCUCUCAGAGGUCCCAACAAUGGCAAUCGAGGACAUAAAUUUAUGGCAAAAUACAUCAGUGAUCCCAGAUGAAGUUUUAGCCCAUCGAAUAGGACUAAUUCCUAUUGAUGCUGAUCCACGAUUGUUCAAGUUUAAGCACCCUAAUGAAGAACACUCCUCAGAAAAUUGCAUUUGCUUUAAACUGCAUGCUGUAUGCAGAAGGCUAGAAGAUGGAAGCAUUGUGGGCGAUAAAGUGAUGUCAGGAGAUCUGCAAUGGCAGCCUUUUCCAAAUCAGCAAGAAAGGUUUGGCCAUUUUAAGCCUGUGCAUGAUGAUAUUAUCAUAGCAAAAUUAGGCUGUUUAUUUUUUAAACUCUGUCCUUAAACCGGAAAAUAUCGGCAAGCACUUUUUGUCUGUUUUAUCCCCCUUUAAAUUGAAGCAAAUUUGAUUUUCAAUAGAAAUAUCUUAACGAUGAAGAUACUAAUUUUGAUAAAAUUAGUUUUGACCAAUUUAUGCAAGUAGAAUAAUAUUUAAACAGUUUUCAACUGAAUCUAUUAAUUUUCUUAUUUAUUUUUUUAUGAAAACAAUUAAAUUUAAAGUAUUCAGCUUAUUUUAUUGUUUUUAAACAAUUAAAAAUGAAAAAAUUUUAAAUUUAUAAAAUUAGUUUUGAUCCAAUUUAAUAGAUACAACGCAAGUAGAAUGCCAUUUAAACAUUUUUCACACUGAAUUGAUUAAAUUUUUAAUUAUUUCUUCAUAAAAAUAAAUUAAGUUUCAAAGUAUUUGCUCAACUUUAUAUUUUUUUAACCUCCUUUUAAUUGGAAAAUGAUUUUUUAUUCCAAAUUUAAAGGGUGAAUACACGAAAAAUAUUAUGCCUUAGCAUAAUUUUGGGAUAGUUUCCACACAUCGGGAUAUUUUGCCACGUACCAAACCAAAUCCCACAUGUGUUGCAAUGACCCCCUCUUGCCAUGGGGCUGAGCCCAACAAGGAGGAUAAUACACCACUUAAAGAAAAAUAUUAUUUAAUAUGAAGCAAAGGUAUUUAUUAUAAUGCAUCUCUAGAUAAUUUUUUUAAAAUAAUAAGCCUGCACCAAUUAGGCCCAGGCCAAGAAAUUGAGGCAGAAUUAUUUUGCGAAAAAGGCAUUGGCGCAACUCACACAAAAUGGUCGCCUGUCUGUACAGCUUCAUACAGACUAGCACCAAAAAUAACAUUGAAAAAAGAAAUUGCAGGUGAAAACGCUAUCAAUCUAAAAAACAAAUGUCCUAUGGGUGUUUUUGACGUCAAAAAAGGGAAAGCUGUUGUAAAAAACCCUAGAAAUUGCACAUCCUGCAGAGAAUGCAUCAGAGAAGAUGACUCUAUGGUUAGUUUAGCUAAAGUAAAAGAUCAUUUUAUCUUUACAAUUGAGACGACUGGAGCUCUUUCACCAAGAGAUAUUUUUCGUGAAGCUAUUAAAGAGCUUACUCCCUAAUCAAUGAACAAAAACUUUUUUUUCACAGAUGGGGAAUUUUUUUUAAAAAAAAUUUAUUUUUUCUAAAUCUAAAAAACCCAAUAAAAGGAGAAAGUAAAAAUUAAUUUAUAGAAUUUAUGCUUUAAAAUUCAACAGAUUUAGCUAGGAUUCCAUAGUGAUAAUUAUCACUUAUAUAUUUGAUGUUUUUAUAAAAACAAUUUAUAUUAAAAUAUUUUUUGCUCUGUUAUGGAGGAUGGGUUUAUGGUCAAAAAUUAGGGUUUUUUCUCUCACGGAGGGGAGCUAGAGACAAAGCAGCUUUUUGGCUCGAUAAGAUCAAUAUUUAUAAAAGAACGCCUAAAAGUUAA